AUGCUGGUCGAUUCUCCAUGCACUCGUACACGUGCCGAGGCCUCUCGAGGUGCAGAUUUGGAAGUAUGUGGAGUCAGCUCGGGCACCCGAGCUGGCAAGCCCCGUGGCGCCUGCUGCCUUCUGCCAGCGCUGGCCGGCUCUCAACAUGCAGGGCUCUGCGCGCUAGAAGCUGGGCGCUUGGUUGAGUGGCAGAAUUGUGCCAGCGAAGCGCUUUCCGACCCCUGGCAAGGCUGUGUGCCCUCCUUCAUUCGCUUGGAACAUGUGAGCACUGCUGUCCUCGCAAGAUGCAGGGUGCGCGCUAGAAGCCGGGCGCUUGGGCUGUCCUCGCAAGAUGCAGGGUGCGCGCUAGAAGCCGGGCACUUGGUUGAGUGGCAGAUUUCCAACACGGCAGCUUUGGCCUGGUGCCCAAAAUGGGAGGCCACGGUCAUAACUGCGCAACUCAGAAUGGAACAUGGGUCCAUGUGCAUGGCUCACAGAUGUUACCUGUCUGAAUUUCGCAAAUUCUAG